AUGGCCUCCGCUGCUAGGACCUUCACCCGGGCCGUUGCCCGCGCAACCCCCGUCCGCCCUGUGGCUCGCAGCACCCGCUUCGCCGCUCCUGCCCAGACCCUGCGCGCUGCUGGCCGUCGAGGCUAUGCUUCCGAAGCCGGUGCCGGCAAGUCCAACAGCUCUCUUUACUGGGGUAUCGGUCUCGUUGCUGCCGGUGGCGCUGGCUACUACUUCUACAGCAACGGCGACGUGAGCGCCAAAGCCACCGGCCCCUUCGUUCCCGCCAAGGAAGACUACCAGAACGUCUACAACGAGAUUGCUCGCCUUCUGGUUGAGAAGGACAACUAUGACGAUGGCAGCUAUGGACCAGUCCUCGUGCGAUUGGCAUGGCACGCUAGCGGUACAUACGAUAAGGAGACUGGCACUGGUGGCAGCAACGGAGCCACCAUGCGAUUCGCCCCGGAGUCUGACCACGGUGCUAAUGCUGGUUUGAAGUAUGCUCGUGACUUCCUCGAGCCGGUCAAGGAGAAAUUCCCUUGGAUCAGCUACGGUGAUCUCUGGACUCUUGCCGGUGUCGUUGCCAUCCAGGAAAUGCAGGGACCCGCCAUUCCCUGGAGACCCGGCCGACAGGACCGUGAUGUUUCCGCUUGCACCCCCGACGGCCGUCUUCCAGAUGCCUCCAAGGACCAGAAGCACAUCCGUGCCAUCUUCGGACGCAUGGGAUUCGAUGAUCGCGAGAUGGUUGCUCUUUGCGGAGCUCACUCCCUCGGCCGUGCCCACACUGACCGCUCUGGUUACGACGGACCCUGGGACUUCAGCCCUACCGUUUUCACCAACGAGUUCUUCCGCCUGUUGGUUGAUGAGAAGUGGGGCUGGAAGAAGUGGAAUGGCCCUGCUCAGUACACCGACAACACCACCAAGACCUUGAUGAUGCUGCCCACUGACUUGGCUCUGGUCAAGGACAAGGAAUUCAAGAAGCACGUCGAGCGCUACGCCAAGGACAGCGGGGUUUUCUUCCAGGAGUUCUCCGAUGCUUAUGUCAAGCUUUUGGAGCUCGGUGUUCCCUUCACCACUGAAGAACGCUUUGUCUUCAAGUCCAGCGAGUAG